AUGUCAACCAUAUCAUCAGAUGGGGUGGAUGUUAAUGAUUUAUUUGAUAUUUCAGAUGGUAAUUUGGUUAUAUACCAGUUCUUAGGUGAUUGUCACUUGAAUAACAUGAAUGAAACCAAAGAUUUAAAAUACCCGUUAUUUCAAGAGUAUUUGAAUAAAACCAAAUCUUCAUUUAUGAGUGCAUCUGAUGGUAUUCCAGAAAAAGAGAAAUUGGAAGAGAGAAAACUUUUCUAUAAGAAUACAAAAAUUAGGUUCAAAAGCACCAACAUUGCAAAAGGAUUCCUCAUCAACUUUAAAGUACCUGAUAAAGAGAAAAUCGUGGUUAUAUUACCAGAUCGUUUGCCUUCUCAUGUUGUUAUAAAAGCCGCUAGGGAUGUGGUGGCUGGGAAAUCCAAGCAAUUUUUUUCAUCAAGAAACAAAAAAUCAAAAAUCAAUAAUGAAUUUAUAUCAAACUUCCAAGAAAAAUUAAAAAAAACUGGAUAUUUAAAAUAUAGUGAAGAAGUGAUUAACUUCAAUCAUACAAAAAUCAAUAAGGUCCUCCAAAGAAUAUUCGAAUUGGAUUCUAAAUUAAAUCUGGUUAUAAAUGGUGAAGAUGAUCAUAAAGAAUCAAAUGAUUUAGAUAAAACACAAGAAAAUGGACCACCAGCUGCAAAUGAAGAACAAAUACAAAUACAAGAACAAGAACAAGAACAAGAACAAGAACAAGAACAUUCAGUAAAUACAUCAACCAACAAUAUUCUCAUUCCAGAACCAGCAUCAUCAGAACAACUUCAAAAUGAGGCAAAUAACAUAAUUUUAACACAAAAUAAUUAUGAAUCUGAAGAGAAUGAAGGCACCCAUGAUGAGAAUAGAAGCUAUCUUGAAUCUAGGGUUAUUCCUGAAAAUAAAACAAUUGAUGAAGCAGGUCAUUUUUCCAGAGCAAGUCUGCUUUACAAUACAAGAGAUCCAGAUACUUCUUAUAUGAAUCCAACUGAAAGCUCAAGUCGAAGAAUGAAACCUCGUGCACUUUCUUUAAAAAAAAACAUUUCAGUUGGUCCAAAAAGAGGCCCAGAUCCUUCUUAUAUGAAUCCAACUGAAAGCUCAAUUCGAAGAAUGAAACCUCGUCAUCAUACUCGUCAUUAA